GUUUGAAAUUUUUUUAAUUCCCUCACCCUAUUUCUAACUCUUUCAAAAAUUGCACAAAAAUAUGAUUAGUUAAAAACCGUUUGCCAAAUUAUCAAAAUGUCUUUUAAACCCACAAAUCAUUUUAAAAUUUCGGUUAAGAAAUUUCGGCAAUAAUGUCAGCUUAUGUAGUGGCAUCUUUGUGUGCUGUUACGGGAGUUUGCUGUUUUUUAUUCGGUGCUCUUGUCCAACAACAUGUAUCAUAUAGGAAAAUAAAAUCUGUCAUGGUUACCGAUCCCUAUGUCUACCAAUGCCGAAAACAUAUCUUUAGGGCCUUAUCUUUACUUGGGUAUGUGACUAAAGGUUCCAUAAUAAAAAAUGGUACUGGAAAGUCAAAAGGCACGGCAGGAAAUGACGUAUACUUUAGCGAACGGCAAGAUAGUAUAUCCAUUUUUGAUCAAUUUAUACUUUGGAGUCGCACCAAGGCGUAUAAUGCAAUCAUGUUCAUGACAUUUUCGGUUGGACAAGACAGCUAUCCGCAUGAGGAAAUCGCCCACGUGGCUGGCAUCAUGAAGUAUGGCUUUCCGGGAAUGGAUGAGAUACAUGUCUACAAGAAUUUUGUUCUUUCCUACGAUCGUCGUAAUCGUAUCGCCCACUGGGUAUGCGAACAUGUCAGGGACGACUGUUUGAGAAUGCGGGAUAUGAAGACGAUGCAUAAGCCGAAUGAAUACCUAACGGAUAACACAAUACCGCCCAUGUUUAGUGCCAAUAUGCGUGACUAUAGGAACAGCGAUUGGGUCGGAGGUCAUCUGGCCUCGCCGCAAAACUACAAAUGCGAUCUGCUGAGAUUUAUGGAGGCCUACAGGUUCCCCAACAUUGUGCCCAUCAACAGGGGUCUGAAAAAUCACAUUUGGCUUCGUCUGGAAAAUUAUGUGAGGGAUAUGGCCCUUAAGUUUGGUUCAGUCUAUGUCUACACCGGUCCUCUGUUUAUGCCGCAAAGGAUAACUUUCCGAAACUGGUCCAUACGCCAUCAUGUCAUGGGCAUGAACACGGUGGCUGUGCCCACUCACUUUUUUAAAGUCAUCAUAAGGGAAGAUCCUGAGGGUGAUGAUUUGCCAUUGAUGGAGGGGUUUGUGGUGCCAAAUGCUGAUGUUGACAAGGAAAUGGAUCUGCGAUCAUUUUUAUGCGAUGUUCGUGAUAUUGAGCACUUUGCGGGUCUCAAAUUUUGUGAGGGCCAUCAGCGGGACCGAAUUGAUCUGCCUGUAAAUCCACCUUCUAUGACAGACCUUCGAGGAUCAGAAUAGUUGGGUAUUAGCUUUAUAAGGACCAUCUAAAAAAAAACAUUUAAAUAUAAAUUCAUAUUUUACGUCACUUGAAUUUAAUAAAUAAGACUUAGUUUAACCCAAUUUUGACCAAAAUUAUGCUAAGGAUAAUGAGAUGGUGUUGUAAAUGAUUUAUUCUAAAUUAAUAAAUAGACCAUAGACCUUUUGAUACAUCA